AUGUCAUGGUCCUGCAUCAUCUUCUUAGCAAUCUUAUUACCUGCUAGCUUUGCAUUCUCUGCUCGUUCUCUGAUGCAGAUAUCAGAUGCAACCAGAUGGAACUCAAGAAGGCAGUUGGAGGCAGACAACAUGACCGCCCCCUGUUUUACUAGUAACCACAUUGAUGCCUGUUGGAGGUGCGACCCCCAAUGGGAAACCAAUCGGAAAAUGCUAGCCGAUUGUGCAGUUGGGUUUGGUCGCAAUGCCAUUGGCGGCCGAGAUGGUGAACUCUAUGUGGUCAUAUCGGAUGGACCAUGCAUAAAUCAUAAUGCUAGUAAUGUCAUCGUACAUAACAUCCAUAUAAAGAACUGCUUACCAACAGAAAAUUUUCUAGAUGGCAGUUCCACCGAUGGAGAUGGGAUAUCGAUAUUUGCAUCCAGAGAUGUGUGGAUUGAUCAUUGUACACUCUCCAGCUGCUAUGAUGGACUCAUAGAUGCUGUAUAUGGCUCCACAGCCAUAACAAUCUCAAACAACAUUAUGGAGCAUCAUAAUGAGGCCAUGCUUUUGGGUCACAGUGAUGAGUUCUUUGCUGAUAAGGGCAUGCAAGUAACAAUUGCCUUCAAUUACUUUGGAGAAGGUCUGGUUCAAAGAAUGCCAAGGUGCAGACAUGGCUAUUUUCACAUAGUUAAUAAUGUUUACUCUGGGUGGGAGAAGUAUGCAAUUGGUGGAAGUGCAAAUCCAACAAUAAAUAGCCAAGGAAAUGUAUUCACAGCAGCAGACGACAAUUUCACAAAGGAGAUUUUGUGGGGUGAUUCUAAAAAGCAAAGAGAACAUCAUUUGAUGGCUUGGUACAUGGUUAAGAAUCUUUUGAGCAAGGGUGGCCUUGGGAUUAGGCCCCAAGCAGCCCUCAGAGGUGGAUUAGCAGGAACUAGAGAGGAGUCCUCGAUUGUACUAGGUUCAAGGUUGGGAAUAGCAACCUCAUCCGCUUCUGGUUUGAUCCUUAGUUUGUAG